CUGGGAGAGUGACUUUCCUGAUGUGGUCCUGGCUGUAACCCGAAUCGCAGAGACUCUCCGCUGGAGAGGUGGCUCCGCUUCCCACCAGGACUGCAGGCAAUGACUCAGGAUGCAGCCAGGAACCACAACUUGCACAGAAGACCGAAUUCUGCAUGCCCUGGAGCGCUGCUUGCACGGACUCAGUCUCAACUGCCAUUCUACCUCAUGGUCAACUGGGCUAUGUCUGAAUUGUUGGACCCUACAGGAACUGGUCAGCAGAGACCCGGGCCACUUUCUUAUCCUCCUGGAGCUGAUCUUACAGAAAACUGGAGAGAUUCAGGAAAAGGGGACGUAUGACCUCCUGGUCCCACUGGCUCUGCUCUUCUACUCCACUGUCCUGGGUACACCACACUUCCCACCAGAUUCAGAUCUUCUUCUGAAAGCAUCCAGAACCUACCACCAGUUCUUGACUUGGCCAGUUCCUUACUGCAGUAUCUGCCAGGAACUGCUCACCUUCAUUGAUGCUGAACUCAAGGCACCAGGAAUCUCUUACCAGCGACUGGUGAGGGCCGAGCAAGGUCUGCCCAUUAGGAGUUACCACAGCUCCACUGUCACUGUGAUGUUGUUGAACCCACUGGAGAUACAUGCUGAGUUCCUUGCUGUGGCCAACAAGCUGAGUGCACCCAGACAUUCACCGAACAGUGCCUACAUCACUCUGCUCCUCCAUGCAUUCCAGGCCACCUUUGGGCCCCACUGUGACCUCCCAGUUCUACACUGCAGGCUGCAGUCCAAGACCCUGGCAGAGCUUGUGGACAUCUUCACAGAGACGGCAGAGGCACAGGAGUUGGCAACUGGCAUCAGGGAUGCAGCCGAGGCCCGACAAUGGCUCAGGACCAAGCUGCAGGAAGUGGGAGAGAAAGCUGGCUUCUCUGAUGUCUUGGAUCCCACAAAACUUGGUAAGAUCCAUACUAUUCCCAUCCCAGUGGCCAGAUGCUACACCUACAGCUGGAAUCAGGACAGCUUUGACAUCCUAAAGGAAAUCCUGCUCAAAGAACAGGAACUACUACCACCAGGUAUCCUGGGAGAUGAGGAACAAGAGAAAGAAGAGGAGGAGGAAGAGGAGGACUUGGAAACCAAUGGGCACUGUGUCGAGAGGGACUCUCUGAUCUCCACCAGCUCAAUGGCCUCUCAAGACUCUACCCUGCCCCUUCUCUCAUCCCAGGUCUCAGGGGCCACCAUACCUCGCCAGAUGUUGACUUCCUUUGUCUCAGGCCUCUCAGAUGGCCUAGACAGUGGCUAUGUAGAGGAUAAUGAGGAGAACUCUUAUGAGGGGCUCAAGAAGCCUGGCAGUCAGGAAUACAAGAGCCAUCGCAGGUCAGGGCAGAAGUUCAAUAAGAUCUGUAAACUCUUUAAGAGUACCAGCCAUCUUGUACUGCGGAAGGACUCUCGGGACCUGGAGGCCAGUUCAUAUACAACUCCUACCCUUCGGCGGGUGGGCAGCCUCUCCAGCCCCCUGAACAGCCCAUCACUAUACCCAUCCAGGACCCAGCGCUCCCGCUCCUUGCCCCAGCCCAAGCUCAACUCCCAGCUGCCCAAAUGGCUCCUGGCUCCUUCUUUAGGCCACCAACGCCGGCGCCCCUUCCUGAGCGGUGAUGAGGACCCCAAGGCUUCCACACUUCGUAUUGUGGUCUUUGGCUCUGAUCAGAUUUCAGGGAAGGUGGCUCGAGCUUACAGCAACUUGCGGCGGUUGGAGAACAAAUGUCCACUACUUACACAGUUCUUCAAGCUCCAGUUCUUCUAUGUGCCAAUGAAGCGGAGCCCUGGCACCAGCCCAAGAUCGUGCCCUGACCCUCCAAGCCAGAUGCCCCCAACCCCUGCAGACUCCCCGAGGCACUCCAGCCCUGCAGAGCUGAGGACUGCCCCAGGGGCAGAAAAUACCAAUGACAUCUCCUACUACCUUGGUAUGCUCGACCCCUGGUAUGAACGUAACGUGCUUGGCCUCAUGCAUCUACCCCCAGAAGUCCUUUGUCAACAGUCCCUGAAGGCUGAGUCUCGGACCUUAGGAGACUCCCCUACCCAGUUGCCCAUCCUGGCAGACAUGCUACUUUACUACUUCCGCUUUGCUGCCCGGCCUGUGCUGCUGCAAGUCUAUCAGACAGAGCUGACCUUUGUCUCUGGGGAGAAGACAACAGAGAUUUUUAUCCAGUCCCUGGAGCUGGGUCACUCUGCUGCCACACGUGCCAUUAAGGCUUCAGGUCGUGGCAGCAAGCGACUGGGCAUCGAUGGUGACCAGGAGGCCGUCCCUCUAACACUACAGAUUAUUUACAGCAAGGGAGCUGUCAGUGGACGAAGCCGUUGGAGCAACAUGGAGAAAGUCUGUACCUCUGUCAACCUCAACAAGGCCUGCAGGAGGCAGGAAGAACUAGAUUCCAACAUGGAAACCCUAAUGCUAAACCUGACCGAAGUAGUGAAAAGGCAGAACUCCAAAUCCAAGAAGGGCUUUAACCAGAUCAGCACAUCGCAGAUCAAAGUGGACAAAGUACAGAUAAUUGGCUCCAACAACUGCCCCUUCGCUGUGUGUUUGGACCAAGAUGAGAGAAAGAUUCUGCAGAGUGUGAUCAGGUGUGACGUCUCACCCUGCUACAAGUCAGAAAGGAGCAACGCCUGCCACUCAAUGCAGAAAUCCUCCAACCUAUCAGCCCAAGAUGGACCAGAUCUCUGUUCCCUUCUCUGCCUUCCCAUCAUGACUUUCAGUGGUCCGCUACCCUAGAAUCCCCUACACAGGCCCCAGCCCCUUCCUGAACUCCUUCCUAAUUGUCAGCUGGGAAGCUCUCACUCCAAGUCUCCACUGCUUUGCUUUGAAUCACUAGGGUUUAGUGAUGCGUUUAGAUUGGGGAAAAAGUGGAGUCUUACCUUUCUUACUGCUAAGA